AGAGUUGCACUCUGUCAUUGCUAAUAUAAAAAGCGCGACCGGUCAAAUAGACUGCCAAUUUUUCAGAGGUUUCGCCUUGUUGGUUUUGACUAGCCACCUUGGCAUCAAGUAUUUUUCAUAUCUCAGUUUGUGAUUUUCUUUCUUGUAAGAUUUGAAGAUCCCAGUAAACCUGCAGAGCUGCCUGAAUAGAUUGGUGACAUCUUCGGUGACAACUGGGUUAAUCCUCCAUCGACACUCGGCACUAAAAUUUGACACGAUUCUGUGAAAGUUUAUUAAAAAGUGGAACAGCUUUAUCGUCUUAUUAACCUCAUUCGUUGUGAAAAGAUUCGAAUCUAACAUUAAAAAAAAACACAAUAACAACCUCUUAUAAAUUUGUAAAUAAAAAGCCAAAAAAAACAACAAAAAACAUUGACACUUUGCUUUGCAUUCGAGGUUCGAGUUUUACAUAAAGAAAAAAAAAAGUUUUGGACUAUUCUGAGGUCAAAGGUGAUAAUUAUUGCAAGAGAAAGAUGUCUGUCACUUUCAAGAGCAUCAAGUUCUCAACGCUGGUCCUCCUGCUCCAGGUCGCCUUCAUCAUUAUCAUUGGAAUCUUCGGCGACUACCAGCCCAAUGAAAACUACCCGAAGCUGCACAAUAUAAGCGACGAUGGCAGCUGGGAGGAAACUCCGCAAGCUUCAUACCCAAAUUUCCAGGAUGUCAACGCCAUGAUUUUUGUCGGCUUCGGCUUUUUGAUGACUUUCCUGAAGAGUUACGGCUUCGGUGCGGUGGGUCUCAACUUGAUGGUCAGCGCCAUUUGUGUCCAGUGGGCAGCUAUAGUUCGAGGCUUUAUCCAUAAUGACAUUAUAGGCGGCGAGAAGUUUCACAUCACGGUCGUGGAUAUGGUCACCUAUGACUUCGCCACAGCCACUGUCCUCAUCUCUUUCGGCGCCGUCCUGGGAAAGGUCAGUCCAGUCCAGCUCGUCAUCAUGGGCAUCUUUGAGGUCUUGCUGGCUCAGAUUAACGAGUACAUCGGUAUCGACCUGCUUCACGUAAGAGAUAUAGGAGAGUCUAUGUUCAUUCAUACCUUCGGGGCCUACUUCGGUUUGGCAGUGGCCAGAGUCCUGUACACACCUGAUGUAGAAAAGUCCAACAAAGAGGGCAGCGUGUACCACUCGGAUAUCUUCGCAAUGAUUGGUACCGUUUUCUUGUGGAUCUAUUGGCCCUCUUUCAAUGGCGGCUUCGCAGACGAUCAACAGCAAAGGGAUAGAGCUUAUUUGAAUACGUUUUUAUCACUCUGCGCAUGCACGGCGGUUACCUUUGCUAUAUCUAGUUUAGUGGACAAGGAAGGAAGGUUGAACAUGGUCCAUGUACAGAACUCUACACUGGCAGGAGGUGUUGCUGUCGGGGCCUCAGCACAGAUGCCAAUGCAUCCGUUUGGUGCCAUGAUAUUCGGCUGCGUGGCUGGCCUCAUCAGCGUUCUAGGAUACAGGUUCCUUACACCUCUGAUGAGAAAGUACAUGAAGAUCCACGACACGUGCGGUGUGAACAACCUCCAUGGGAUGCCGGGAUUGUUGGCGGCCAUUGGUGCUGCAGUGCUGGCUGGUAUAUCCGGUUCUUGGUCUGAACACGAUCGCAGAGCUAUCUUCCCGGAGACUUUUGACGGCGACUCUGGUGUGGAAGGGGCUUUAGGCAGGACACCGGUGGAACAAGGGGGCUACCAGUUUCUCGUGGUCGUCAUAACCUUCUUCUUCGCCAUCGCAGGUGGAACCUUUACAGGCUUCAUUCUUAAGCUUCCAAUUUGGAACCAGCCCAAGGACAACAAAAUAUUCAACGACUCUGACAACUGGGAAGUUCCUGAGCACAGCGUACCAGAACCGGAACUUUUUAAUAUGUAUAAAGUCUCCAACUCACACUCAACGCCCAUGUAAAGUCUGCAUUGAUUGGGAGGUAGAAGAGAAACUACUCCAGAAUACUUUCACAAUCAAAGAGUAGCCAACUGUACAGAACUUAAGACGAGUUAUUUUACUUUUAGAUUUAAAACUUCGUUGUUCUUCAUUGUCUUCCAUUUAUUUCUGAGAGCUUUUUGAGAAGUAUGGAAAAAAAAACCUGAAUGAUAGCUGCUCUGAAAUAAGAUGCAGACAUGAGGCUGAAUGAAGAGAAAUGCUAAGCAGACGAUAUUUAUUUAAUUUAAUUUUUUUUUUUGUGUCGUCAGCUUAAUCACCAAAAGUCUUGAAGAAGACAUUUUGUACAUGACAUUAUCAUUUAGAAUAUUAAGAUUAUGGAAUCUAUACAUCAAUAUCAAUACCUGUAUUUUUUAAAAUCAUUUUAUACUAUUUAAUGUAUGUCAACGUUGUUGUAUAUAUAUAUAUAUAUAUAUGUAUCAUUUGUUUAAUUUUAAUUAUAUAAUAUGUAUGUACUAGGAAUUAUUGUUACAUAAAUAUAUUAACGAUUUAAUUUUUUUUUAAAUGUAGUGCAAUUAGGCAAGAAAGUAAAUCAUAAUAAUAAUAAUAAUUUCGGGUUAUCAUCAAAUACAAUAUAGAUCUAGCUUUAAUAGAUAAAUUCAAAUUAGCCUUUCCAUUUUAUCUGAACUUUCAUCUUAGACUUGUGAAUCACUGGGAAGGAGUUGGGUGCCACAAUAGUGGUGCUAGUUAAACUAUGCUCCCUCCCGGCUUCUUCAUUUAUUACCAAUUUUUGAAUACGAUUUGCCGUGGCUGGCAGUGUUCAACCUGUUGAACAGUCUACCGUAUAACUUGAUGGUGCUUUUCGUUGAAAAGAUUCAUUAGCUUUUAGCCUAUCCUUUGUGUAGAUCUGCAGUCUUUGAGGAAAUUA